AUGAAAGUCCAACUUGCCGUCGCGUCUCUCGUCACUUUCGUUGCUGGGUCAAUGGCAACAUUGACUGUGAACACUCCGACGAACCUUGUGCAAUGCGAACCUGCCUUGAUUACCUGGGAGGGUGGAGAAGAAGUAAAUUUUACAGUUCUUACCUUUUUCAUUGUCACACUAAUUUCGCCGGGAAGCAUUGACUCUGUCGACGGCAAGACCCACGAGAACUACGACAUCCCGUCGGGAUCGGCCUACACAUGGGUCGUCGACAUUGCCGCAGGAACCUCCAUCAAACUCGUACUCAAAGAUAGUACCGGUGUGGUCUCUCAGUCUGCGGUCGUUGCUGUCCAAGCCGGAGCCGGCUUAUGUGGCACAUCGCAUACGUAUGACCCAGCGGACGGCGCCGGCUCAGCUCUGGCGUCAAUAGCGAUUUGA